GGGUCACGGCUAUGGCCGUGGCUGGGCAGGAGGACUACGCGUACUUCUACGAGGACUCCUCUUACCCCGCCGGUUUCCUGGAGGCGUUCCGGACAUUUUACCUGGAAGGGCUCUUCACCGACAUCACCCUGCAGUGCGCUUCGGGGGUUAUCUUCCACUGCCACCGAGCCGCUUUGGCUGCUUGCAGCAGUUAUUUCAAAGCCAUGUUCACAGCCGACAUGAAAGAGAAAUCUAAAAAUCAGAUCAGACUUCCCGGGCUCAGCCAUGCCGUACUGGAAGCCCUCGUGAAUUAUGCAUACACGUCACAGAUCCAGAUAACAAAGAGGAAUGUCCAAAGCCUCCUCCAGGCUGCAGACCUCCUUCAAUUCGUGUCAGUAAAGAAAGCCUGUGAGCAGUUUCUAGUGAGGCAUUUAGAUACUGACAACUGCAUAGGGAUGCACUCCUUUGCUGAAUAUCACGACUGCUCAGAGCUAGAGAAAGAGUCCAGGAGAUUAUUGUUAUCACAGUUUGAAGAAGUAUGUAAGCAGGAAGAGUUUCUGGACAUUGGCAAGAAGAAGCUCUCUUUCCUUCUCUCCAGAGAGAAUCUCAAUGUUUGGAAAGAAGAGGCAGCUAUUGAAGCUAUCAUUAAAUGGGUUGCACAUGAUGUGGAAGGAAGAAUUGAAGAUACCUGUGAACUGUUGAGCUGCAUCAAAGUAGACUUAGAUAACAUGUAUUUGAGGUCAGCUUUAAGCAUACAAAAAAAAUGCCGCCUUAAUGAUAGUAAGAUAAGAUCACUCAUAUACAAUGCCCUGAAUCUGUGUCCCAAAGGCCUUUCCAGGAGACCCACAGCAGCUAUGUAUGUGAUUGGAGGAUAUUACUGGCAUCCGUUAUCAGAAGUGCAUGUUUGGGAUCCUUUAACCAAUGCAUGGGUCCAGGGAACAGACAUGCCUGAUCACACCAGAGAGAGCUAUGGGGUCACUAGCCUGGGACCGGACAUAUAUGUGACAGGAGGUUAUAGAACAGAGAGUAUCGAAGCCCUUGACACUGUGUGGAUAUAUAACAGCGAGAGGGAUGAGUGGACAGAAGGCUGUCCUAUGCUUGAUGCAAGGUAUUACCACUGUGCAGUUUCCUUGAGUGGCUGCAUCUAUGUUUUGGGUGGUUACCGAAAGGGAGCUCCAGUUCAAGAAGCUGAAUUCUAUGAUCCUUUAAAAAAGAAAUGGCUUCCUAUUGCAAACAUGAUCAAAGGUGUUGGAAAUGCCACUGCCUGUGUCCUGCAUGAAAUCAUCUAUGUAACUGGAGGUCACUAUGGAUACAGGGGAAGCUGCACCUACGAUAAAAUCCAGAGAUACCAUUCAGGUAGCAAUACGUGGAGCAUAGUCACCACAAGUCCGCAUCCAGAAUAUGGAUUGUGUUCAAUUACAUUACAAAACAAGAUCUAUUUUGUGGGUGGACAGACCACGAUCACAGACUGCUAUGACCCAGAGCAAAAUGAGUGGAAGCAGAUGGCUCAUAUGAUGGAGAGAAGGAUGGAGUGCGGUGCAGUGGUUAUGAAUGGAUGCAUCUAUGUAACAGGAGGAUAUUCCUACUCAAAAGGGACAUAUCUGCAGAGUAUUGAGAAGUACAACCCUGAGCUGAACAAAUGGGAAGCAGUAGGCAAUCUUCCCAGCGCUAUGCGGUCACAUGGCUGUGUCUGUGUGUAUAAUGUGUAAACAUCUAAUUUUCAUAUUGCUGUUACAGAAGACAGCCCAUUCAGUAUUCAUAAUGAUACUGAUUACCUCAUGAAUGAGAUGUGUAAUACAAUCUCUUCACACACAUCAUAAGAACUAGGUAUAGUUUGUCUUUAUUUCAAACAACUCAGAAAUACAAAUGUGGUGUAUUUUUCCCUAUUUUGUCAGUCCAGUCAUUGUCUGUCACGAAACAGAUCUGUUUUCACUAACCCUGAGGCAGAACUAUGAUGGUAGUGCUGAGUAUGGCCAAACAAAAUACUCUGCAUUUCUAUGGACUACUGGGCUUAAAAUGAAGUCUUUGAUACUCCAAGUGUUAUACCACCCACAAGUCCUUCUCUGUUUGCAGACAG